UAUUUUUAGAAAAUAUGAUUAUUGUGCUGAAAGGGAUCACUUCUAGAAAAUGAUGCGCGCGCAUUUAGUAUUCCGUGUUUCUAAACAUGGCAGGUCGUAGUGGUUUUGAUGAUGGAAAUCCGAGGGAUUAUGGAGGCGGCAGAAGGACGGCGGGCGGUCGCCCGUUGCCGACGGAGCCUCCUUACAAAGCCUAUGUUGGAAAUCUACCCUCUGGACUCAUACAAGGAGACAUAAAUAGAAUCUUUCCUGACCUCAACAUAAAAAAUGUGAGAUUGGUUAUGGAUAAAGAAACUGAUAAAUUCAAAGGCUUCUGCUAUGUGGAAUUUGAAUACUUGGAAGAUUUGAUCAAAGCAAUCGAGUUGAAUGGUGCCCUAAAUGUAGAUGGAAACUAUAUUAAAAUUGAUGUGGCCGAAGAAAAAAGAAGUGACAGAGGGGGCGGUUUCGACCGGGGCCGUCGGGACGGUCGCGACGGCGGCCGUGACGGCGGUCGCGACGGAGGCCGCGGGGGCUUCAGACGGGACGGCGGGCGCGGUACGUACGACCACUUCGAGGCCGUCGACCGCCGCGGCCCACGGCACCAGGGUGGAGGGUUCACACAUGACCGCGAGCGGGCGCCUCCGGGGGGGGAGAGAUGGAACGAGCGGGGGUCCCGCGGCUCGUCGGAGGAGCCGCGCGGGCCGGGCGAGUGGGGCCGCAUGGGCCGCUCCGCCGCCAACCAGCCACCCGCGCGCCCGCGCAGGAACUUCGACGAUAUGCCGCCCUCUAGACCAGACACAUCUGGCAGGCCGAAGCUCGUGCUGGAGCCGCGGACGGUGAAGGAGCCAGUGAACUCGCUCGCGGCGACGAGUCAGGCAUCCUCGAUAUUCGGCGGCGCGCGGCCGCGGGAGGAGCGGCUCAAGGAGCUCGCGAGCGAGUAGGCGGCCCCGCCCCGUCUAAUGUAAGCCGACUCACCGACUGCCCUCAAUCUCUCACUACCCGCAUAUGCCGCAAAUCUCUGACUACCCGCAUAUAUUGCAAAUCUCACUACCCGCGUAUAUUAUAAAUCACUAACUAACUACCCGCAUAUGGUGUAUGAUGAAUGUCUAACUAGCUGAUUGCAAGAUGUGAGCUUACGAAAUUCGAACGUUGUGAUUUAAGUUUUGGUUCCAUUAGGAAAAUGUUAAAAUUCAAAGGAAAUAAAUUUUGUAAUUAACCGCGUAAAAAAUGUUGUGUAACUUUAACCCGCGUUGAAGUUAAAACGUUUAAAAUAAAGUAAUAACUUAAGAGGUUGUACUAACCGUUAAAUUGAUAUCGCGAUUGGUAAAUUGAAAACUUUCAAUUACUUUCUUUUCACUGUCUGUUACAAAGUAACAAUGGCAGCUACCAGCUAUCGUGUGUGAUGUAAUUAUAGUGUAACGCUUCAUCUACAUAUUUUCAUUAUAAUUCUUGUUCAAUCAUAAUCUAUGUAAAUUUAUAUAACAUCUCUUCGAACUAUAAACUAAUAUUUUUUAUGAUUUUUUUUCCAAAUAGUACUUAUUUUUAUGAAAUAAUUUAGACGUAUAUACAUAGUUUAUUUUCGUACAUGUUUACACAUCUCGUCCUCAUUUCGAAAGUUAUUUGAAAACAAAGCAGUCAGUAUGGAAAAGCGAAGGAUUGAAGAGGAAUAAACAAAAGAUGCCAAAAAGGUAGUAAUUUUUUAAGUAAAUCGAAUUUUUUAAAAUCGAGGGCUUUUGUAUAAAUAGUCGCGUUACUCGGCUUAACUUAGAUGUACUUUCAUUCAGUGUACAUGUAUCGUCCUAUCUCGCCCGCUAUACUCUAUGUAUGUUCCAUUAUUUAAUUAAAAUGUGCAGAAAAACAUUGUAAAUGUACUGGAAGGAUUUUGUUAGGUUGUGAGGUUGUAAAUCAUUUUUAUCGUAUAUGUAUUUUGUUAGCUUUGUUAUAAUAUGUAUCGAUGCCUUUUAUCGUGCGUCACUUUCGCUAAUUUAUGAGCGGAAUCAACGACGUCAUUCGGUAAUGCUAGCUUCUGGCCUCAAAAAUCCUUAGUUUGUGUGUAAGAUGUUUAGUUUGCAUAAUUUUUACUUAUUUCCGUAAUAAUUAUUGUCUCAAAUAUGUGUUUUAUUCUUAUUUGCAUAUUGUUGUUUAAUUUGUGAAAUAAUCCUUUUUUCAAUAUCAAUAAACCUUUGACACGGUUUUUUAAUACUCUGUUGCAACGGUUUAUAAAUUUUUGUUCAAUUGUUUAAGUUGUUAGAUCUAAAAAAAUAAUUAUAAAACAUAAUUUAAGAAAACAAUGUCAUUGGUGAUUUUAUGAUUCAUUAAUAAACUUCCACGUACAUGGAUUUCUACUUUAUCUAGGUAUGUGUGUAAUUUCAUGAAAAAUGUGGCAGAAAAAAAAAA